UUGACAGGGUCAACAAUAUGGCGCUGUCCAUGGAUUACAGAAAUGCUUCAUUUGCUGGUUGAUGUGUAUUUUUCAUUUAAAUGCUUUAUAAGUUUGGUAGUACAUUUAACAAACUGUGAAGCAGCGUCGGUUUCUGAAUUAUCAGUUCAUUUCUAUCGUACUUUUCAGUUGACUUAAAAACCUAAAGGACCUCUGUUAACGCUUGGACAGCAACCAUGUCUGGGCCAAAUGUCUGGAGUCGCAGUCGAGAGAAAAUGAGACUUUUCCCCGAACUUUUUGCACAGUGUGCAGGAGAGGCAGCCGUGUAUGGGAAGUGUGUGGCAGCUACCACUACAGGCAGACAGGAGCUGAGGAAGGACCUGUGUGCCAAGGAAUUUGAAGCACUAAAGACCUGCUUUACAAGUGCAGUAAGUGAGAGGGCCAAGAAAAGAGCCAAAUGAAGCUGUCCUGGCUUUGUUAGAGCGGACCUACCUCGACCGUCAAAUCAGCUGUUCAGUGCUGAGGGAGAAGACAUGUUCCGAGUGUUGUUUGACUUGUGGUGCUGGAAGAAUAUUAUUUAAUCUUGAUGAUUACAUAGCACUUCUUCUGCUUGGCACUGUAAAUUAACUAAAUGUGUGUGGUGUGUUGAAAAAUCAGUUGACACUUUUUUUACAUUGUUGAAAUGGAGCCAUGUCGUACUGCUACAUUCUUUAAUAUGAAAAACUGAUACAGUUCUGUAAUAUACAGCGGUGAAUAAAACAUUGCUGAUA